AUGAUUGUUUGCUUCACCUCUGACCAUCUCGCACAAAAGGGACUUUACACCCUUGAAGACAGGCAUCACUACGACAACUUCUCUACACGAGCUCAAAAGCUCAUCAUGCUUGCUAGGACUCCAUCGAAAUGUGUCAACAGUCGUGGAGGGGAUCCGAGCGACGAUCUUGAUCGGAGCCUCGGGGAUCAGGUCAGUGCAAGCAUUGCGAUGCUUCCAAAUUGCAACGGCAAGACCCUCUACGUGGGAGGAGACGACCCUCUGCCGUAUCGUCCACUCGGCUAUGAAGGAGUCGCUCUCAUCCCGUCGAGGGCGACCUCUCUGUUUGUCUAUCCAGGAAUCUCGCUGGCGACUUUCGCUGCUGGCAUCUCGAGCAUUACUCCCAGCAUGUUGCAGGUCGCUGCUGAAACUUUAGCUCGCAUGGCAUCGAUCGAUGAAAUCUCUUACGGGAGUCUGUUUCCUCGCCUGUCUCUGCUCAAAGACAUCUCAGUAAGGAUCGCUGCGGAAAUCAUCAGGGUAGCACAGAAGGAGCAGAAGACAAACAAGGUCGUUCCGGAAGGAUACAAAGAGCUUCUCAGCUUCCUACAAAGCUUGCAAGACCUGGAUGCUGAUGACGAGCUUGUAUCGUCGUACAGCUGGCAGGAGGGUGAGAAGGUGGAAGUCAAGGUCGGAGGAGAGGAAGGAGCCUUCCUCGCUGGAGCAGGAGGUCUGACGAAGAGGAUCGAACUGUGA